AUGGCCACCUUCUUCCUAUCGCACGGCGGCCCCACGCUCUGCGUCGACGAGACGAUCCCGGCGUGGAGCUUCUUCAAGUCCUGGCUGCCCGUGGCGGUCGCGGGCGCGCAGCCGCCGCGCGCCAUCCUGGUGGUAUCGGCCCACUGGGAGACGGCCAUGCCGGCGGUCAACGUCGUUCCCGGCAUCAACGACACCAUACACGACUUCUCCGGGUUUCCCGAGUCCAUGUACCAGCUGAAGUACCCUGCUCCUGGCGCCCCCGAUCUGGCCAUGAGGACCAAAGAGCUCCUCGAACAAGCCGGGUUCGGUCCCGUGGAGGAACACCACGGCCGUGGGCUCGACCACGGUGCAUGGGUGCCGCUGAUGCUGAUGUACCCGGAGGCUGACAUCCCGGUGUGCCAGCUCUCGGUUCAUGCCGGCCGCGACGGCACCUACCAUUACAACCUCGGCAAGGCGCUGGCUCCCCUCAGAGCGGACGGCGUCCUCGUCCUCGGCUCCGGGAGCGCGACGCACAACCUGAGCAAAAUGACACUUUACGAGGCGCCGGUGCCGCGAUGGGCCUCCGACUUCGACACCUGGCUUGAGGAUUCGCUCAUGGGUGGAAGGUACGACGACGUGAACUGCUACGAUGAGAGGGCGCCCUACGGCAAGGUGGCGCACCCAUCACCGGAACAUUUUCAUCCGCUGCACGUCGCACUCGGCGCCGCGGGGGACGAGUCCAAGGCGGAGCUGAUCCACCGUAGCUGGACCAACACCAACCACUCGUAUGCGUCGUAUCGUUUCACCGAGAAGAACUGA